CAGAUCAACCAAUUCUCCAAUACAUACACUUUUUAUUCUUUUAUAAAACUAUUCUUUCAUUGAUAUAAUUUAAUCACUUUAAUUUGUUGUUUGGGCACCAAGAUGAUGACAAUAAGGUUUGUGCGUGUUUGCUUAGUCCUCUUAGCCGCCUUUGCUUCCGCGAAUUCAGUAGACGCUAAAGUUCGGCAUUACAAAUGGGAUGUAAAGUACGAGUUGAAGUCGCCGGAUUGCUACAAGAAGCUGGCUAUUACCAUCAACGGCAAAUCUCCGGGACCCACCAUCGUGGCUCAACAAGGUGACACCGUUGUGGUGGAGGUCAAGAACAGCUUGUUAACUGAAAAUCUCGCCAUCCAUUGGCAUGGCAUCAGACAGAUAGGAACUCCAUGGGCUGAUGGCACAGAGGGGGUGACCCAAUGCCCAGUUGUGGCAGGAGACACUCACGUUUACAAAUUUGUUGUCGACAGACCGGGAACAUACCUCUACCAUGCUCACUAUGGAAUGCAAAGACAAGCAGGGCUACAAGGAAUGAUCCGAGUUUAUGCCGAUUCCGAACCAUUUGAGUACGACUAUGACCGCAGUAUUCUCCUCACAGAUUGGUACCACAAGACCACUUAUGAACAAGCUACUGGCCUUGCCCUUCCUGCACCUAACUUCACCUGGGUUGGAGAGCCUCAGUCACUUUUGAUACACGGAAGAGGAAAAUUCAAUUGUAGCAGUGCAAGCAGCGAUGCCGCCGUCUGUGAAGCCACAAAUCCGCAGUGUUCGCCGUAUUCCAUGACCGUUGUCCCCGGCAAGGUUUACCGCCUUAGGAUUGGAAGCUUAACCGCCCUUUCGGCUUUAAGUUUUGAAAUAGAGGGUCAUAACAUGACGUUGGUGGAGGCUGACGGCCAUUAUGUUGAUCCAUUUGUUGUGAAAAAUCUGUUUAUUUAUUCUGGGGAGACAUAUUCUGUACUGGUCAAAGCUGACCAAGACCCUUCAAGGAACUAUUGGAUAAGUUCAAAAAUUGUGAGUAGACCCAGCAACACCUCUAAUGGAUUGGGCAUAUUCAAUUACUACCCAAACCAUCCUAAGAGAAAUCCCCCAACCACUCCACCUGCGGGGCCGCACUGGAACGACACCGAGCCCAGGGUAAAGCAGAGCCUGGCGGUGAAGGCCCACCCGCGUUUCGUCCACGCGCCGCCGAGAACCUCCGACCGUGUCAUCGUCAUGCUCAACACACAAAACCAAAUCAAUGGGGUUAGAAGAUGGUCUGUUAAUAAUGUCUCCUUCAACUUACCCCACACCCCUUAUCUCAUCGCCCUCAAGCACAAACUCUUGCACGCUUUCGACCAGACACCCCCGCCGGAGGACUACGACCACCGAACCUACGACAUCUUUUCCGUCCAAAACAACACUAACGCCGUGGCCAGCAACUCCAUUUACAGGCUCAAGUUCAACUCCACAGUGGACAUAAUUCUGCAAAACGCCAACACCAUGAACCCUAACAACAGUGAGACCCAUCCUUGGCAUUUGCACGGCCACGAUUUCUGGGUGUUGGGGUACGGGUCCGACAAGUUCAACCGGUCCAGUGACCCCAAAAACUACAAUCUUGAGAACCCGAUCAUGAAGAACACAGUCCCGGUUCAUCCCUACGGCUGGACUGCUUUGCGGUUCCGGGCAGAUAACCCUGGGGUUUGGGCAUUCCAUUGCCAUAUAGAGUCGCAUUUCUUUAUGGGAAUGGGUGUCGUUUUCGAGGAAGGAAUUGAGAAGGUGGGGAAAUUGCCUUCUUCGAUUAUGGGAUGUGGUGACAGCAAAGGCUUCGGACGACCCUAGGCCAUAACAUAGGACAUAGACAGAUACACUUACAUUAUAUUCUUUUAUGAAU